GCGGUGGUGAGACGGGGAACCGCGAAGUUGCUGCCCUGAGGGCUUUGUUAAGAUGGCGGCCGCGGGGCCGCCGCUGAAAUGGGAUAUUCCAGCAAAAAAUGGCCAAGAAGUAUUUUUUUCCCAUGAACUUUAUGAAAAAUAUUCCUUGUCUCUGAGCCUCUCUGAACUCUGGCAUUUAUCAAAAAGAGAGGCAAAGAAAAAUGUGGAGGCGUUGGCAAACCCUUCAGUAAACAGACAGACUUGUAGCCUGCAGGCUGCAGAGUCACUUGAGGUGGACACUAAAAGCCCAGCUAAUGACCAUCCUCUUCCAGAGCCCAGACUCCCCUAUCCAUUUACCUCUUGUUUGACUGAGAAGGAGCAGAAAACAUACUUAUAUCUGAUGACUAAGUUCUCAAAAAAAAGAAACCAUUUCCAAGUUACUGCAGAAAGUCAAAGGGAAUUUUUCACAUACAUGCAAAUGAAAGAAGUAGUAAACAAUGAAAUUGCAGAAUUUAUGAAGUUUGCCCAAAACGCUGCAAAGAGCUGCGCCCAAGAUUAUGAUGCCAUCUCUGAAGAUGCCCUGUGUUAUACUGAGGAAUUGCUACGUGCGUGUAUUGGACAUGUGCAGAAGUAUCCAGAGUUUUACACCCUGCAGGAGAUCACGAGUAUCAUGGGAGGAAAGUUUCAUACACAGCUGACCUUUAGGCUGGAAAAAAAUCUUCUUGCAAUGGGUACAGCAAGACGUGGUCAAACAGAUUUCUCUUCCAUGCCUGUUCAGCUGCCCACAGAUUAUAGCACUGUUGCAUCUAUUAUAACCCCAGAAAAAAAGGCUCAUGUUAUGCAUAAUGAUAUUAGUUCAGAUUCAAAUGCAGAAAAACUUGCUUUGAAAUACUGUCCUCAAGUUGUUUUAAGUAAUCAGUCGUUAUUUACUUUACUGAAUAAUCAUGGACUAAACUACAAGGAACAAUGGGAAAUUCCAGUUUGUGUUAAAAUGAUCACUGUUGCAGGUAGCAAAUCAGCCAAAGUGGCUUAUGUUGAUCCACCUCUGAUGAGAAAAGAAAUGACAGUAAGAGAGAGGAAUCAAAUCUUCCAUGAAAUUCCAAUGGAUUUCCUAGCAACUAAAACAUCUUAUGUUUCAAUUUCUGAUGUAUCAAUGGACAAACCAGCUGAGGACAACCUGUUUCAGUGGAAUGUGUGUUCUGAUACCUACCAGUGCAGGACAAUUCCUCCUCCAGAUGACACAGGAAUGGACUUCAAUGUUGAUGUUACAGAGCUUGAAACUUUUGGAGCAGCUACCAAACUCUCAAGAACUUGUAAAAUGGAAAGUACUUUUCCUGCAGCUAGUAACACUGCUAAUGAUUUAUCUCAUGGCUUAAAAACGGGGGGGAAGAAUUCAUCUGCCAUAAACAGCAGAGAUGCAGAGGAGAAAAUCACCCUUUCUGAGCAAGAAGGUUCAGCGUGUGCCAGCAUGCAGCUUCCAUCAUUAGAUGGCACUCCAUGCUUCAGGCCUCAAGAACGUUCUCCUUGUAAAAGCUUUCAGUCAGUGGAGGUAGGACUGAACAAAGCACAGGAUGUCAUGACCAAGGAAGUACUGGACAAUGAAACAAAAUUAAAUUCUCUGUCUGUUGCUGUGAGUUCUGAGAAAGAGCCUGAUGCUGCACAGAGAAAAGAGACUUACAGUUCUUCAUGCAGUAGUGACACAGAUGAAGAGCGUUUGGUGAUUGAUUCAGAGUGUACAACCACUGCUUGUUGGAAACCAGCUGUACCAACCACUGUUUCUUGUACCUCAGCAGAGACUGUCAGAUCUCCUUCCCCUACCCAGAGUCCUUUAGCAAGCAUCACUGACUGCUCAGAUACCAUGGAUCAGAGGAAAAAAGCCUCCAAGAAACCUUCAAGAAAGUUAUCCAAAGAAUUGGAUCCUGUUGGGCAAAUUUUGGAAAUGCAGACUGAACUUCUCAAGUCCCCUUCCCAAAAAGCUUAUGAGCCAGUGGUGAGCUGUGACAAUUCUAAUGCUGUGCCAGCCCAGCUGCCUCAGUCCCCAAAAACACUGGUGACCUCCAGCAGAGAAACUGUGCCAGCCCCAACCUCCAAUCCCACCCGCUCCUCUAGAAAUACCUGGACAUGGCUUUUUGAGGGAGUGCCAAAGAGAAAUCUGUCAAGUGAACUUCAGCUGCUUGAAGAAGACCCUUCAGAGUAUCAAGCACCUGAGGAAGGCAACGUUGUUUACAAGCUCUUCAGUUUGAAUGAUCUGUUGUUACUUGUGCGUUGCAGUGUGCAGAAAGUCAAGUCACUGACACAAUACCAGAAAAAAAAUAAAGCCCAAAAGCUGACUCCCAUAUUCCUGUUGCCAAAACUAGAAUACCAAGCCUACUACGGUGUCGAAGCUCUUACAGAAAGUGAAGUGUGCCAGCUGUGGACACAGAGUAUGCUGCAUUCUAAAUGCUUAUUUUAUAUUGGACAUAUUGAUGCUUUUACAUCAAAGCUUAUUAUGCUAGAAAAGGUUUCUCAAGAAACUUUAAGAGAAAAACUUGGAUUGAUUAAGCCUGCAAAUUCAUUAAAUAUACUUCAUCAUGUUUUGAAAAAGGUGUCUGAUUUAGAGGAAGGUUCUUAUUUAUUGACUCAUGCUGCAGGAGAUUCAUCAGUUGCAAUUUACAAAAGUUCUCUUGACAAGAGCACAAGAUCAUCCUAUAACUUGCACAAAGCUCACUGUGAUCUGCCUGCUGUACCUGCUACUCUCUCAGUCCCAUGGGUUCCACUAGAUCCCAGCCUCCCUUUGCCUUACCACAUAAAUCAUGGAAGAGUUCCAUGCACCUUUCCACCUGCACCCCGGGAAGGGUGGAAACAGAAGAUGACUGGGGUGACAGGACAAUCGGACACACCCCAAGAGGGAAAGCCAGUAUCUAUGGAAACAAAAGGCAAGCCAGCUAAGCCUGUUAGAAAUGAAGGUGUGGCUCCAAAGAAGCUAAGGAAGAAUUUCUGCAAGCAAAGAAAAGUGAAGAAAAAGUGGAAAACUAAAUUCAACAAAAUGCAACUGUAGCAGGAAUAAGCCUGAAGAACAAGAGGACACAAAAAAUCUGAGGUUUCUUGAGGCUUCAGAGGAACCAGGAUGAGCUGGCAGGGGAAAUGGCUCCAAUAGCUGAAGCAUUCUCUAAACCUUUAACCCUUUGGUACCUCAGGGGACAUGUUUCUAGUGAAAAUCUCAAAAUCAGUCAGAGAAAAAAAGGAUGUGGCUGCAGCCACUUGGCUGGUUAUAAGGAACAGUGUGUCUUCUGUUGGUCUGGUGAUUUUUGUAGAAAAACUGCAUCUUGAAGAGUUGAAAAGUGAAGAAGCAGUGGCUGACAACAACCUCUAAUGCCGUGUAACGAGGAAAAUAGUUUUUCAGCUUUCCCAGUUCUUCAGAUUCACUAUGGAUUUUUGUUCUUGUAUAUUUUAAAGAUAUAUUUUACUUUGUGCAUUGUGUAUUGAGGGAACAACUUGGAUUUAAUUAUUUAGCUUUUUCAACAUGUGGUGUCUACUGGCUUUUAAAUAACUUACAAAAAUAUAUUUUUAUUUUCAGAAUAGUGCAACAAAUGAAGGACAAAAGCUGUGUUUAUUUGAAUAGUAAGGGCCAUAAAUUUGCUUUGAGGAACUUAGAAGUACAGCUAAACAAGUAAAAUAAUAACAGCAGGGCUGUAUUUUUGCAUGUUUAAACUGCUAUCACAAAAAGCAGAGGUCUUAAAGGUGUUCUUCCAAGUCUUGUUUGGACUGAGGAAGUUACCACACCUGAUCAAGCAUUCUGUUCACUGGGACUUGAUAGGACAUGUUUUAAUGUCGUAAGGGUAAAAAUAAAAAAGAAAUUGUUUACUGAAGUAUACCUGAUAAAAAAUCCUGGAGGUAGGGAUUUUUUUGAAAUCAGGCCUCAGUAAUCAAUGUAUAUUAAAAUCUUCUGUGUGAAAUACAAAGCAUUUUGUAAUGUGGCUUUUUUCCAACUGUUAGAUGUAUUUAUUCGGUUAUUCAGUUUAUUCUUUUUUCUGGAACUCUGCUUGUUUUGUCUGCAGUAUUAAGCUAUUGACAAGCUGAACUUGUGUUUGCAAUUUACAAAUAGUUCUGAUUCAAAAUCCUAAAUGCUCUUAAUGACUUCUCAUAGUAUGAAUACUUUAGCUGUGAGUUAUUUUUCGCAGAUAACUGAUUCUGUCUGGAAGAUUCAAGGCAGUUUUCAGUUUGUGUAUAUAAAACUUUUUGCCAGACUUGUAUGGAAUUUGGUUUCCCAAUGCAGUUUCACGAGGUAGAAAUGUAUGGUCUGUUUGUUCAUCUGUCUCUCUGCCUGUUACAUUACACUGGUAUUUUACUAAUUAUAGGAUACUAAUUGUAGAACUGCAAUGGAGCAGCCUGUGCUGCUGCUCAGCAUUGUUGCAUUGCGGGUGUGAGACUUCAUGUGUGCUAAGGCUCCUGCAAUUCUUGUUGGCCUGAUCAUGCAGGUUGUCCAAGUCUCUCUGGACAGUGGCUGUAGCUCUGCCUCCCUCUUCUGCUGGCUUGGUGUCAUCUGCAAACUCAGGGAAGAUUAAUUUGGUCACAUUAUCCAGCUGGCAUAAAAAUACUGAGCAGUGCCGGACCCCAAGAAGUUCUCUCCGUGACCAGCUCACCUGGUUCAGCUUUGAGCUACAAACCACUGUACCAGAAAUGGAGGAAAGCCUCUGAGGUCUUCCAUGGUGUGUGAGAUCACUGAUGGAUGUCUGGUUCUCACCUUUCACUGGUGUUUGUUAGGUGUUCAGACAUUUUGAAGUUAGUUUUGGAGGAUUGGAGAUUUUCUGACCAAGCAAUUGAGGUGACUGGUUGGCCUGUGUGCAAAACCAUGGAACUUUAUCGGUUCUUCAUGUUAAUGUGAAUGGGUUAUUGGCUGUGAAAUCUGAAUUUUCUUUAUUUCUGUAGUAAUGGGAGUUUUUAAACAUCAUUUGCACUGUGCACUGAUAAACUGCUUCCAUUCCCAUAUGUGACUGGCUAAAUCUCUUCACCUUUUCUGUCUGACUGCAAAUACUUCUAGGAAUAAAAUAGAAGCUGUCUAUGUAAAAUACAUUAGGAAAGAUUUGCUGCAUUUUUUUUCUUCUUCUAAUGUAGCCUAGCAGCUGGAA